UUAUUUAUUUUGUCUCUGUAGGAAACACGCUCUGAACUGUCACCGCAUGAAACCUGCGCUCUUCAACGUGCUGUGUGAGAUUAAAGAGAAAACAGUGUUGAGUAUCCGUGGUGCGCAGGAUGAGGAGCCUCCCGAUCCUCAGCUCAUGCGACUGGACAACAUGCUCUUAGCGGAGGGCGUGUCUGGACCCGAGAAAGGAGGCGGGGCUUCAGCGGUCGCCGCGGCCGCCGCGGCCGCAGUAGGAGGAACCGGAAACGACAACUCGGUGGAACAUUCAGACUACAGAGCCAAACUGUCUCAGAUACGACAGAUCUAUCACACGGAGCUGGAGAAAUACGAACAGGCGUGUAAUGAGUUUACGACCCACGUGAUGAACCUGUUGAGAGAACAGUCUCGCACACGUCCCAUUUCACCCAAAGAGAUCGAGCGCAUGGUCAGCAUCAUCCACCGCAAAUUCAGCUCCAUACAGAUGCAGCUCAAACAGAGCACGUGCGAAGCCGUCAUGAUCCUGCGCUCACGCUUCCUCGAUGCCAGACGAAAGCGACGGAACUUCAACAAACAGGCCACAGAGAUCCUAAACGAGUAUUUUUACUCACACCUCAGUAACCCAUAUCCCAGUGAGGAAGCGAAGGAGGAACUGGCCAAGAAAUGUUCCAUCACCGUCUCCCAGGUGUCGAACUGGUUUGGGAACAAACGGAUCAGAUACAAGAAGAACAUUGGAAAAUUCCAGGAGGAAGCGAACAUGUACGCUGCCAGAACAGCCGUGAACGCAGCCAGUGCUUCUGCUCAGGGCAGCCAGGCCAACUCGCCCUCCACGCCCAACUCCGCCGGUUCUGCUGCAUCUUUUAACAUGUCUCACUCCGGCGAUUUGUUCAUGAGCGUUCAGUCUCUGAAUGGGGACUCGUACCCGGCGCCGCAGGUGGGCGCUAACAUACAGUCACAGGUGGAUACACUUCGCCAUGUUAUCAGUCAGGCAGGAGGAUACACUGACGCUCUCGCUGCCACUCAGCUCUACAGUCCACAAGGCAUCAACGCGAACGGAGUUUGGCAGGACGCACCGACUCCAUCGUCUGUAACUUCACCUACAGAAGGACCAGGAAGUGUUCAGUCUGACACGUCUAACUAAAACAUACACACACACACACACACACACACACACACACACACACACACACACACACACACUCUCUCUACACACCAUCACACCACCUCUCUCUCUCUCUCUCUCUCACUUUCUCUCUCUCUCUCUCGCUUUCUCUUUCUCUUACCAUAGCAGAACAGUUGGAAUUUAAAAAAAAAAGGAGAAAAAAAAGAAGAAAGAAAAACGUACAGAUGUUUUUUUUUCCUCGUCUCGGAGCGAAUCCGAACGAAUCCUGAUCACAGACCCCUUAUCGUUCAUUUUUAUUUCUUUAUUCUACCUCUGAGAGAGAAAAAAAAACACAAACAGUUCAUACGAAAUGAAACAGAGCAAUCUUCUGUUGUGUCCCAGUGGAAAUGUUUUUAUUUAUCGCUACGUCGCGUCGUUCCGCUUCACUUCUCUGUCGCUUGCAUACGGAAUGUUACUGAUUUCCAUGUUUAAAGAGAAAUGUGAAGAAACAGAAUCCUUGUUUUUUUUUUUGUUUUCUUUCUAAAUACUGAUUAUGUAAUUUAUAUAUAACGGAUUUGUGAAUAUAUUUUAUGCCCCUGAGAAAAACGAUCAAAUUUAAUCCCCUCUUAAUCGUUCGCUUUAAUAACUCCAUCAGAUUAAAGCUCUGGUUUGUCGUCGUCGUUGUUGUCUGUGGAGAUCUGGGUUCUUUAUUCGCCACCAAAUGACUCGGAAGCGAUGUGUUAUGAUUCUCUGAGUCUGAGCUGCGACUGAAUAAAAGAUCGUGAAUAUUUAAUGAGCGUGAGUGGCGUCGUCCAAUCACAGAGCGACGGGUCAGAUCCUCAUAUAUAAUGAAUGAUGCUUAUUAAUGAGGACAGCACAGAAGUCUGAAGAAGACAUUUAUUUCCCUUUCUUUCUUUAUUCUUGCGCUGCAGGAGACAUUAAAUAAAUGGCCUAAGAUCGAGUAGCUACUCGGGUAAAACAGCUGAAAUCCUACAAAGAAAUAAUCAGAAUAAAAAAGGGAAUUCUUCGUUAGCUCGAUGCGAUGUGACGUGACGAAGAAGGGUUACUAUAGCGACCGAGGAAGGUUCGAUGUUAGCUUCCUUUGUCGAAAUGAGAUCGAGCGAAGGACUGGCCGCGCUGCCGGAGUUCGCUCGCUACGUAACACAAAAAUAUAAAAUUAUCGACAAAUAAAAGCUUAAUGUGUACGAAGAACAGUUGCUAGGGGAUAAAACUCAACACCACACGUGACAUAAGAGUCGUUCUCUUGUUUUAAUAGUUUACUCUCAGCUGUCUGUCUGUCUGUCUGUCCGUCUGUCGCUAUCUGUGGCUCUGGGAUCAAAGUGAAAUAAAGACAUUUAAAGACAAUGAAGACAGAUUUCGACUUAAGGAUGUGACGUCAUUUUACUACAUAAAUGUUGUAAAAACGUUGCCGAAGCGUUCGCACCUGAUCCCGAGUCACUGAGCAGCGGCGCGUUUCCGUGGUGCAGAAAAACAAAAGAAUUUUAUUUUGAAGUCUUUGUGAAUCCUGGACGCUCCUCAUCCUCAGAUCACGAGAUGAAAUCUGACCCAUUCAGUCGUUUCUCUUUUGUUUUAACACAAAUAACACAAA